AUGUUCGUUGCCGGACUACUCCUCAAGGGCAUCAAGAGCCGCUAUUCUACUGGAUCCCUCAUCGGUACACUGUUUGAAUGCUGUAUUCGAUUCUUGCAGUUUGUCUUUGGCAUCGCCGUCAUCGGCCUGUAUGCGCAAGACGUCGACCGGGCCCGAAAACAUGGUGACACCCAAGACUCACGAUGGAUAUAUGCAACCGUCGUUGGCACACUAUCCGCCAUCUCAGGGCUUGUCUACAUCCUUGUCCCAUGCGCCGUCCGACGACCCCUAUCUCAAGCAACUUUCAUCCACCUACCAUGCUUCGUCUACGACAGCGUCCUAGUCAUCCUCUGGCUGACGCAGUUCGGCAUUUUCGCAAAGCUGUACAUCACUGUCGACGAUGACAAAGACAAGAGUCUCAAGCGCAUGAAGCACUCUGCCUACGUCGAUUUGGUCAACUUGUGCUUCUGGGCCAUCACCUGUGCUUGGUGCGGUAUCCGCUGGUGGAGAGGAAACAAGGCCGGCGGCGUCCAGAAAGACGAGAAGGCCUUUGAUGAAGAGCAUAUCGAGCAUGUUUAG